CUCUUCCGGCCCGCGCCGCUUCCGGGGAUGACGACUUCCGGUGAAGCCGCGUUCUCAUUGGGCUAUGGGAGCCGAGGGGGCGCUACUUCCGGCGGUGGGGACUGCAGUGUCGGUCAGUGAAGGCCAGGCGGCGCCAUGGCGGGACGCAAAGCUGCCCUUAAGGCCGUGGACUGGGCGGCCUUCGCUGAGCGAGUGCCCCCGAACCAGCGAGCCAUGUUCAACGCGUUGAAGACCCGCAACGAUGCGCUGACAGCCCGGUUGGCUGCACUGCCAGAGAAGCCACCGACCAUUGACUGGGCUUUCUACAAAGCUCAUGUUGCCAAAGCUGGAAUGGUGGAUGAGUUCCAGAAGAAGUUCAGUGCACUAAAGGUUCCUGAGCCAGUGGAUACACAAACUGCCAAGAUUGAUGCCCAGGAGAAGGAAGCUGCCAAGAGCACUGCUGAGUACAUCCAGGCUUCCAAAGCCCGCAUCGCCCAGUACGAGCAGCAGCUCCAGAAGCUCAAGAACAUGAUUCCCUUUGAACAGAUGACAUUUGAAGACUUGAUUGAUGCCUUCCCUGAAACCAAACUGAACAAGGAGAAAUAUCCAUACUGGCCCCACAAGCCAAUUGCUGAUCUGUAAACUGGUCAGGGAGCAGUUUAAUGACUGUCAGACUCCAUGAUCUUAUAAAUAAAGAGCUUUCUCUGUCCGUGGCUUACAUCUGAGACAUGAGUUCUGAGUAACACGGAACAAUACAGUAACUUGCAAACAUU